ACAGCAGGGUAUUCCCUGACACAGUGUCUUCCUGGGGGCUCCAAGGGCACUUUGCACAUGCGUGAGUUUGCCUCCUUGUUGGCAGCAGAUCCAGCGGGACGCUUGCCCUGGCUGUGGACGCAGGGUGGGUGUCAGACACAUGCAGGAUGGCACUUCUGUCAUGCAGUGGCUGUGAGCCUCCUGGGCACCCGCCUCUGGGAUUUGGGCCCUCCUGGGCACUGUCUGGGUGGGACAGGAUGGCAAGGACAGGACGGGGUGGUCUGGGCAGGGUGUGGAGCCCGGCUUCCCCUGUGGACCCUGCAGUAAUAGACAAGUCCCCUCCUCAUAUUGGCCCCAAGGGCCCCACGCGACCUGGCCCACCUCCUUCUCCGUCCCGCCCCUUGACUCUGUCCCGCUGGCUCCUCUGCGCUGUGUGUUUCCCUGCCUAAGGGCCUUUGCCUUGCUGUCCCCACCACCGUGAGCACGUGAGCAGCACCCCCCGCAUCACCUGGACAGUUCCUUCCGUGCCCCCCAGGAUGUUCCCCGAGCACCCAUUUCAUCAGCCCUCCAGCCCGUCCCUCACACCUGCAUAGCACAGUGGUCACAAGCGGAGACCCUGUAGCCAACAGCCUGGGCUGUUGGCUACAGCCUGAGGGACGUGGCAUCAGUGACGUGGGCGUGGUUGGGUAGUGCUGGUAAUUGUUGGCUGUUAGGGUCGAGUAGAGCAGUUCUUACUAUUCAGGACGUAACGACCACCUGAGACUCAUGUAUGUGUUCAGGUGUUUGCUAUUUAUCCUCCUCACAAUCCCGUCCUCUGCUGUGGGCAGUGGGAUGGGUUCCCGUGGUCUCAGCCUCUCCCCAAUUGCUCAGACAGACUCAGGAGGUCUGGCAGUGUCCCUGGGGAAGAGGCUGGAGCAAGGGGGUCACUCCAACCGAGGGUCAGCCCCUAGAGGAGGCUGGUGCAGGGGAACCCCGCAUAGCCAAGUGGGUCAGACAUGGUUGCUGGGACCAGACCACGGCUCCAUCACUGACCGUGUGCUAUGUGACCGUGAACAGGUUAUCCACACUCUCUGAGCCUUAGUUUUCUCAUCUGUAAAAUGGGGCUGAUGACACCUGCUCUCCCCACCCCCAGGCCCCGUGCAGGUUGGGUCACAGAUGAGUAUGGGGGUCGGGCCCAGGCACCACCCCCAUGGCACAGCAGGGCCACAGAUGCACCCACCAGCCAGGGUGUCCUGGGCGGGAGAGGCCGUUACAACCAAUCAGCGCAACCCAGAGCCCGAGGACAGUGGUUGCACUCCAUAAACAACUCCGUAAAAACCAUAAACUCCCUAAAAACCGUCAAAGGGAAUUCUGUGCUGUGUGCAUUACGCCCCCUUGAGGCUGGAGACAGAUACGCGUUGUGUCAGACAACAGGCGUGGCUGAACGGUAGAUCCGGAGUGGGCCAGGGCGGCUGCAAGCGUCUGCACCAGAGUCAGGGGCUGCGGGAGCCCACUUCCUGCCGGUGCCCCCCGGGCAGGGCUCUGCCUCUGGCCUCUGUGUCCCCAUCUUUGGUAAUGGCCCAGCCCAUGGGAGGAGCAGGAGAGCGACCGCCUCACUUAGGCAGCUCCAGAAACUAUCAUCAGCCAGGGGGUGGCUGCUGUGGGUUGGGCUCCCUAGAGCUCCCGGCGGCCCCUCCCGCCUCCUCCCUCCUCCCGGCAGCCCCUCCGCUUCCCCAGUGGCCUUCUGGAAGGUUCACCCUGCUGCUGCUGCAGCACCCGCCCGCCACAGCCUCCGUUGCCCUGGAGACAGCGGUCUCCGUGGCGACAGCAGAGGGAGGACCAGGCAGCGGGUGGGCGUGGAGGGGAGCAGGUAGCAGGUUCCCAGGAUCAGACGCCCCCCGGCCUGCGUGGGAUCCACAGGCUCUGAGUGGCUGAGCAGGUUCGGUUACCUGCCCCCGGCUGACCCCACCACAGGGCAGCUGCAGACGCAAGAGGAGCUGUCUAAGGCCAUCACAGCCAUGCAGCAGUUUGGCGGCCUGGAAGCCACCGGCAUCCUGGACGAGGCCACCCUGGCCCUGAUGAGAACCCCACGCUGCUCCCUGCCGGACCUCCCCGUCCUGACCCAGGCUCGCAGGAGACGCCAGGCUCCAGCCCCAACCAAGUGGAACAAGAGGAACCUGUCGUGGAGGGUCCGGACAUUCCCACGGGACUCGCCGCUCGGGCGGGACACGGUGCGGGCACUCAUGUACUACGCCCUCAAGGUCUGGAGUGACAUUGCGCCCCUGAACUUCCACGAGGUGGCGGGCAGUGCCGCCGACAUCCAGAUCGACUUCUCCAAGGCCGACCACAAUGAUGGCUACCCCUUCGACGGCCCCGGCGGCACCGUGGCCCACGCCUUCUUCCCUGGCGACCACCACACUGCCGGGGACACCCACUUUGACGAUGAUGAGGCCUGGACCUUCCGCUCCUCGGAUGCCCACGGGAUGGACCUGUUUGCGGUGGCUGUCCACGAGUUUGGCCAUGCCAUUGGCUUGAGCCACGUGGCUGCCACACACUCCAUCAUGCGGCCGUACUACCAGGGCCCAGUUGGCGACCCGCUGCGCUAUGGGCUCCCGUAUGAGGACAGGGUGCGUGUCUGGCAGCUGUACGGUGUGCGGGAGUCUGUGUCUCCCACGGCGCAGCCUGAGGAGCCUCCCCUGCUGCCAGAGCCCCCAGACAACCGGUCCAGCACCCCGCCCAGGAAGGACGUGCCCCACAGAUGCAGCACUCACUUUGACGCAGUGGCCCAGAUCCGGGGUGAAGCUUUCUUCUUCAAAGGCAAGUACUUCUGGCGGCUGACUCGGGACCGGCACCUGGUGUCCCUGCAGCCGGCACAGAUGCACCGCUUCUGGCGGGGCCUGCCGCUGCACCUGGACAGCGUGGACGCCGUGUACGAGCGCACCAGCGACCACAAGAUCGUCUUCUUCAAAGGAGACAGGUACUGGGUGUUCAAGGACAAUAACGUAGAGGAAGGAUACCCGCGCCCCGUCUCCGACUUCAGCCUCCCGCCUGGUGGGAUCGAUGCUGCCUUCUCCUGGGCCCACAAUGACAGGACUUAUUUCUUUAAGGACCAGCUGUACUGGCGUUAUGAUGACCACACGAGGCGCAUGGACCCCGGCUACCCCGCCCAGAGCCCCCUGUGGAGGGGUGUCCCCAGCACGCUGGACGACGCCAUGCGCUGGUCCGACGGUGCCUCCUACUUCUUCCGUGGCCAGGAAUACUGGAAAGUGCUGGAUGGCGAGCUAGAGGCGGCACCCGGAUACCCGCAGUCCACAGCCCGGGACUGGCUGGUGUGUGGAGACUCACAGGCUGACGGCUCUGCGGCCGCGGGCAUCGAUGGGGUGGAGGGGCCCCGCGCCCCUCCGGGACAGCAUGACCAGAGCCGCUCGGAGGACGGCUACGAGGUCUGCUCAUGCACCUCCCAGGCCUCCUCUCUCCCAGGGGCCCCGGGCCCGCUGGUGGCCACCACCUCGCUGCUGCUACUGCUGCUGCUGCCACUGUCACCAGGCGCCCUGUGGACAGCGGCCCAGGCCCUGGCGCUAUGACGCACAGCACAGGCCCAUGAGAGGACAGAGGCGGUGGGACAGCCUGGCCACAGAGGGCAAGGACUGCGCCAGAGUCCGUGGGAGAGGUGCUGGCACGGGAUGAGGACAGGCCACCCUGGUGCUGGAAGGCCGGCAGAGGGCACUGCCCACCAGGGCUGGGCAGACUCAGGCAGCUGGGACGGAGCUGUCCAGUAGCGAGUGACUGUGUGACUGGCAAGCCAAGAGGUGGCUACUCCAGAGGGGUGCCCAGUCAGGCCGCACCAGCCACCAGCCUCCCCCGGCCCUGGAGGGAGCAUCCCGGGCUGGGGGCCUGCCUCUGUCUGUGCCGGCGCCGCCAACCCUACCCACACGACUGCCUGGUGCUCCCGCCAGCCCACAGGGCCUCCGUGCCCAGGUCCCCAGUGGGGCCCUCCCCACAGACGAGCCCCCACGCGGUGCCAUGGCACGUCCCCCUUGUGACGCUUUCCAGACCAACACGACUUCUCCCUGCUUUGUA